AUGAAGACCGCCGUGGUGGUGGUGUUGGCGGCGCUGCUGCUCCCCCUCUCCGCCUUGCUGCGCUUAGGCUGCUUAGCCACGGCCACCGCCACCGCCGACGCCGACGCCAACCGGACCACCAGCGGCAACGACACGAGCUGCGCGCCGGCGACAUGCGGGAACCUGAACAUCACGUACCCGUUCUCGCUCGCCGGCGUGCAUCCGCUGGAGUGCGGCUACCCGGCCUUCGGGCUGACAUGCGACGCUGCUGCUGGCAGGGCGUACCUCAGCAGGACGUUCAGGGUGAACCUGUACCGCGUGCUCAGCAUAUCCUACGACAACCGCUCCAUGCUCGUGGCAGUGGAGACCGCCUUCUCCGGCAACGGGGCGUGUAGAAUCCCGGACUUCAACGUGUCCUCUGGCCUCGACCUCUUCCCGGUCAACACCAGCGCCACCAACUGGGAGCUCACGUUCGUCUACAACUGCAAGAUUCCUCACAACGAGCUGCUGACAGGGCCAUGUGCCAAACACCCAAUUGGGGUUUACAUCUCCAAGAGGCCCGGCGACGUGGAGAACAGCCGGCCGCAGUGGGUUCAGGCGAACUGCAGCUCCGCGAGCGUGCCGGUGCGCGGGUUCCAAGAUGGGAUGAAUCUGACUCGUGAGUACGAUUCAUUGAUCAGCGAUGGUUUCCUCCUGGACUGGCUGACGCUUGGAGACUGCGAUGCGUGCAAACGGAAAGGAGGGCAGUGCAGGUUCUGCGAGCUUUCCUUCCAAUGCGUCAAUUCUCGUGGCGGCGCAAAGAGUCUUGGGCUCAAAAUUGCAGGAGGAAUCGCAGCAGCUCUUCUAUGCGUGAUCAUACUGAGCAUUGGGUUUCUCCUCAUGCUGCACAAGCGAAGGAAGAGGAAGAGAUCUGCGUCACUGGCCGGGCUCAUCCGUGAUGGGACGCCAUUGGCAUCGCUCCGGAAAGAGUUCAGCAUGACCGGAUCGCCCCGUACGCACAUCUUCACUUACGAGGAGCUUGACGAGGCCACCGACGGCUUCAGCGACGAACGCGAGGUCGGCGUCGGCGGCUUCGGCACAGUGUACAAAGGGACUCUGCGGGAUGGGAACGUGGUGGCGGUGAAGCGUCUGUACAAGAACAGCUACAAGAGCGUGGAGCAGUUCCAGAACGAGGUGGAGAUCCUGUCGCGGCUGCGGCACCCGAACCUGGUGACGCUCUACGGCUGCACCUCGCCGCGGAGCAGCCGCGACCUGCUCCUCGUCUACGAGUACGUCCCCAACGGCACGCUAGCCGACCACCUCCACGGCGCGCGCGCCUCGGCCUCGGCGGCGGGGUCCGACGACUCCGCGCCGUCGCCGCCGCUGACGCUGUCGUGGCCCGUCCGCCUGGGCAUCGCCGUGGAGACGGCGAGCGCGCUGGAGUACCUCCACGGCGUGGAGCCGCACCAGGUGGUGCACCGCGACGUGAAGACCAACAACAUCCUCCUGGACGAGGCGUUCCACGUGAAGGUGGCCGACUUCGGGCUGUCCCGGCUGUUCCCGGCGCACGCCACGCACGUGUCCACGGCGCCGCAGGGCACGCCCGGGUACGUCGACCCCAUGUACCACCAGUGCUACCAGCUCACCGACAAGAGCGACGUGUACAGCUUCGGCGUCGUGAUGGUGGAGCUCAUCUCCUCCAAGCCCGCCGUGGACAUGAACCGCGCCCGCGCCCCCGGCGGUGGCGACGUCAACCUGGCCAGCAUGGCCGUGCACAUGAUCCAGUGCUACGAGAUCGACCGCCUCGUGGACCCGCGGAUCGGGUACCGGACGGACGGCGGGACCAAGCGGGCUGUGGACCUCGUCGCCGAGAUGGCGUUCCGGUGCCUGCAGCCGGAGCAGGACGUGAGGCCGCCCAUCAGCGAGGUGCUGAACGCGCUGAGAGAGGCGCAGAGGAUGGAGCAGGAUGGGUGCGCCGUCAAGGCCAAGGAUGACAUGGGGUUGCUCAAGAAGAGCAGGGACGGCUCGCCAGACUCCGUCAUCCUAGCCGCGGCCUCUGCAGCCACAGAGAGGAUCCCGAACUCCACCACGUUGUCGUCGUCGUCGUGCCCAUCCUACCGGUGCGGACACGCCGUGGACAUCCGGUACCCGUUCUGGAUCGACGACGGCACCGCGAGCGCCGGCAACGCCUCGUCGUUGUCGUCCUCCCAGUCCCACUGCGGGUACCCGAGCCUGCGCCUGGAGUGCCGGCGCGAGACGCCGGUGCUGCCGCUCCCGUCGGGGGACUACGCCGUGACGCACGUCAUGUACGGCGACCGCACCAUGUUGCUGUUCGACCUCGGCGUGUUCUCGCUGUCCAACACCUGCCCGCUGGUGGGCCGCAACCUGUCCCUCCCCUCCGGGUCGCCGCUGUCGCUCACGCCCCGGGACGCCAACCUCACCUUCUUCGUCCACUGCUCCUUCGUGGGCAUACCCGCGCACCUCGUGGCGUGCCUCGAGGGCGACGGCAGGCACCACUCGUACGUGUUCCGCGACGGCGACGAGCUCGCGCCGUACGGCUACACGGGGCUGUGCCAGAGCGUCAUCGGCAUGCCCGUGCUGCGGAGGUCCCUGCUCGGCCCCGCGGGGUCCACGAGCAGCCCGCUGGACGCCGUCGUGCCCGCGCUCAACAUGGGGUUCGAGCUGAGCUGGAGGCCCGAGGCGGACGGGGAGUGCGGACAGUGCGAGAGAGCCGGCGGCCUGUGCGGCCGCCGUCGGCAGGCGGGGCACGGGCCGUGGACCUUCGCGUGCUUCCGGGCUGCGGCGAACCCAGCGUGGAUUCCUCCGAAAACUCCAGGUUUAAAUGGGCUUAACGAAAUGGAGCUCUCCGAGACGCGUAGUUAA